AUGUCGUCCACCGAAUCGACAUCACCACCACCCCGUCGCCACCUCUCGCCGGCGUCAGAAACCCGUACCGCGCUCCUCUUGAUCGACAUCCAACGCGGCCUGAACACCCACAACGGCUACUUUGGCAGUGAGCGCUCGACACCGGAUUUGGAGAAAAAUGUCUCGGCCCUGCUCGCCGCGGCCAGGGGAUAUAAUUCCAGCGUACAAGUACGAGUACGAGUAAGCAGGUCGCACGGACAAGUGGAAGAUCAUUCUACUUCACCCUCACCUGUGCAUUCGGCCUCAAACGGAGAACGGAACGUCGAGGAGGGAGCCAAUAACGACUCCGAAAGGGAGCCCUAUGCGGUGGAAAUCGUGCAUGUAUACCACAAAUCGACGAAUCCGUUGUCACCGCUGCACGUCUCGGGCACGACACAGAGGGACGGGAUAAAGUUCAUGCCGUGCGCGGAGCCAGUGACGGCGAUGGAGUCGAGCGAAGCUGCCACUCUCCCCCGUGAACACGUCCUCUCCAAAUCGACAAACACGGCGUUCGGCAAUGCCGAGCUGAAAGAGAUCCUCGAGCGGGGGCGUAUCGAGCAGCUCGUCGUGGCUGGAAUAGCGACGGACCACUGCGUGACGACGAGCGUGCGGUGGGCAAAGGACCUGGGUGUGGUCAAGAAGAGGCCCGGGCAGGGCGAGCGACGGGAAGAUGAAAGAGGUGAAAAUGGCACGAUCGUCAUCCUCAGCGAUGCCACCGCCUGCUUCAACAAAGGUGGGUUUGAUGCCGAGACGGUGCAAAAGGUCCAUCUCGCCAGUCUGGAGGGCGAGUUUGCCACGGUCAUGACUACAAACGAUGUUCUUGACCAGCUGUUCGGAUAG